AUGAAAGCCAUUGUUAUCAAUGCUAUCCGCAAUCGUCGUGAGCGCAUUGCCCAAAAGAAGUGGCUGCUACCGGCGUCCCACUCACCCGCACCCAAUCGCGCGCCGCGUCCAUCCAUGAAUCGUUCUGCUCAAAUCGUGUGUCGUUCAUCAAGCGUGCGGCACAUAAAGUGGGCUUUGGCGGAAAGAUCUCAACGAAGCUUGAAGAGCUGCACCGAUUCAGCUCUAUUCAAGCCCAGAGAGUUGGCCAGACGCUCGCGAGGAAUCCGAGUAGGAUUGGUGGGACAGCCCCUGUAUAGUUUUCCUUCCUUCGACGAGCAUAAUAAUUCCCAUAAAUGGAGGGAUUGA